AUUUUCCUGGUGCAAUUGGUAUUUUUGUUAGUAGUUCGGCGGCGGUCACAUCAUACGCAUCCCCUAUAAAUCGAAAUAAGUUGAAGUUACAUAAAUAGCAGGAUCAACAUGCUGCGUUCGGCGAUGAUGUCAUCGACCCUGGCCCGGGCUCUCCAAAAGGCGACCCAGACACCGAAUGCGUCGAUUUCGGCGCUGCCCGCACUGAAUAUGGUCCUGGUGCGCCAACAACAAACGCUUCCAGUUGCCGAAGUGGCCCAAAAUCUGCCCAAGAAGGGCUACUCUCCGUUCGGCACCAAACAGUCAUCCGUUGCGGAGUGGUCGCUGGCCAGACUGGACGAUCUGCUCAACUGGGGUCGCAAGGGCUCGAUCUGGCCACUGACUUUCGGUUUGGCCUGCUGUGCCGUCGAAAUGAUGCACAUCGCUGCUCCGCGAUACGACAUGGAUCGAUAUGGUGUCGUGUUCCGUGCAUCUCCGCGUCAGGCCGAUGUCAUCAUCGUCGCUGGCACGUUGACCAACAAAAUGGCACCGGCCCUGCGAAAGGUCUACGACCAAAUGCCCGAGCCACGUUGGGUCAUCUCCAUGGGCAGCUGUGCCAACGGCGGUGGCUACUACCAUUACUCGUACUCCGUCGUGCGUGGCUGCGAUAGGAUAAUCCCCGUCGACAUAUACGUACCCGGUUGUCCGCCAACCGCCGAGGCACUCAUGUACGGCGUUCUGCAGCUGCAGAAGAAGGUUAAGCGGAUGAAGACGCUCCAGAUGUGGUAUAGGAAGUAAGGCAACGAUCGGAACUUAUAUUUAAAAUGUGAAACAUCAAACGAUUUACGAUUUUGCGAACAGAAAUCUUAUUAAAUAUCGUUCUGUUAACGUUCAGUUGUUGUAUACAUUGUUUGUUGGAUCACGAGGAUAUUGCAAAUAAAUGCCUUUCGAUAUAAAUACAAA